AUGUGCUCAUCUACAAGAACUCCAAAAUUACAGCUCACUGCUGAACAACUGCUGACAGGAGAGUGUUGGAUCUUACCAAAAAAAGAUACACCACGUCCAAGGGCAAAGGAGAAGCCCCAGCAAGACAGUAGGAGGGGCAAAAUUGUGUUUGGAAUCAAACCCCAUAUCCACCAGAGAUGCUCGGAGAGCUCAAACAAACCUUGUACACACCAGGACCCAGAGUCUUACACCAGAACUUACGAAUUACUGGGGAAACAGAAGCUUGGAGAGCACAAGCUAAAUCUUGUGCACACCAGGACCCAGGAGAAACUGACCCCACAGGAGACUAACCCAGACUUUCCCAUGAGUGUCCAGGAGUCUCCAGCAGAGGCGUGGGUCGGUGGUGGCCUGCUGCAGGGUCAGAGGCACUGA